AUGAAGCACACUAUGAGUUUAACUGAAUUAACAAACGAAUUAUCAAAAAGCUUUGAUGCUUGCUUGGAGGCCAUCCUCGCAGACCCCCAACAAAAAGAAGACGAUGCAGAAAGUCUAAACACAUACUUAGCUGCCUUAAAGAUCUCAUUUCUGCAAAUAGAGAACCAGCUUAGAGACAUACGCCUAAAAGCGUUAGGUAGCAAAGAACUAUCGGUGACAGAGUCCAAUAAAUUGCUUAAACGGGAUAUCGAGAUCAAGAAGAAUACAAUUGAUAAAUACGUGACAAGGAUAGAGAGUUGGGAAAAGGAGCUACCCGUCCUGAAAGAAAACAGCGAGAAGGCAGUGGCGAUUCGAACAGAUGGCCAUGAUUUUGAUUCAGACAUUGUGCUGCCAGAAGAGACAACGACAACAACUGAAGCAGCAGCAGCAGCAGCAGCAGCUAGCAAUGGAAAUGCGGAUGAAGACGACGAAGACGAAGAUGUAGAAUUUGAAGAAGUCUAA